AUACGACUACGCUUUGUUUUGUUAAAACUUGCGCUAGUAAUUCACUAGACUCUAAACUAACACGUCGGGCUAGAAGAUUUUCAUUUCAUUGUCGACUUUCGGGCGCGACGUUAACAAUUUUGUUGAUAGUUUAUAAUUAUUUAAUAUUUAUUCAUAACUAUCGCCUACUAGACAACCCACGUAAAAAAAAUUUUUAAUUAUAUAAAAUUAAUUUUUUUUUUUUGUUUUUUGGAUUUGAAUUUUUUUAAUAUUCUAAUCACGAUUGUUAAUCAUAACCCUUGACAAUUAUCUCAAUUAUACAAAAACUUAAUUAGCGAUUCGUAGGAUUACGAGGAUGUUUUACAGAUUUUAUGAUCGCUACCGUACCCCAAACGACGAGCGCUUUAGAACAUUUCCAUUUAGAUUUCAUUGGGGAGAUUUCGAUACGCCAAUGUUGACUAUAUUGAGAUUAGACCCACUUAUCUCUGAUAAUGGAGAAGCACACAAUACAUCACGUUAUGAAAUAAUGACUCGUGAAGAAGGUGACUCGAGACUGGUUGUAAGACGUGGGCAGGAAUUUUUCAUGCGACUGCAUCUUAACCGUGAUUACGAUUCCGACAUCGAUGGGGUAUCGAUUGUCUUCUCGUUGGAUGGAAUUAAAAAACCUCAGUAUGGACACGGGACUUUCAUGGUCGCGCCUUUGCUCAAUCCGGGAGAGGAGUCGGAAGACGCAUGGCACGCAACUUUAUACACUAGGGAAGCUCAAGCCAUUGUGAUAAAAAUAUCGUCACCAGCUAAUGCGCCAAUAGGAAAAUGGAAAAUGGAAAUCGAUACAAAGCACAAGGAAUCCGGUGGCGCAAUAAGUUUCAAUGUCGAAGAACCCUUUUAUUUACUAUUUAACCCAUGGUGUCCAGAGGACGUAGUUUACAUAGAAGACGGUGCUAAGCGCCAUGAGUACGUUUUGCUAGACACCGGUUUAAUCUGGCGAGGGAACAGAAACACAAUCAGCGCAUCUCCAUGGAAAUUCGGGCAGUUUGAACGCGAUGUGCUGGAUUGUGCUCUACAUUUAAUGACAACUGUAGGAGCCGUUCGUGCAUCAUCGCGUAAUGAUCCGGUUGUAGUAACGCGAGUACUUACAGCGGUAGUUAAUUCUAAUGAUGACAAUGGUCUUCUGAUGGGUAACUGGUCCGGUGAUUACAGCGGAGGUACAGCACCGACAAAGUGGCUUGGGUCCCAGAAAAUACUCCAAGAAUAUUACAAAACUAAAAAACCUGUUAAAUAUGGACAGUGCUGGAUAUUUGCUGGAGUUCUUGCUACUGUUUGUAAGACUUUAGGACUUCCUAGUCGUGUUGUCACUAAUUUUUCUAGUGCUCAUGACACCCAGGGUAGUCGCACAGUUGACUACUUUGUUGAUAAAAAAGGAGAAAUUAUGGAAGAAUUGACAACCGAUUCAGUUUGGAACUUCCAUGUUUGGAGUGAAGUCUGGAUGAAAAGGCUGGAUCUUGGCUCUGAUUGUGACGGUUGGCAGGCAAUUGACGCAACACCUCAAGAAACGAGCGAAGGCUCUUUUCGUUGUGGCCCAACUUCUGUUUCCGCGAUUAAAAAUGGCGAAGUUUUACGUCCUUAUGACGGAGGAUUUUUAUACGCGGCAGUAAAUGCUGACAAAGUUUACUGGAGAUACAAUGGACCUACUCAGCCAUUAAAAUUAGUAUCGAAAGAUACUCAAGGAAUUGGUCAAUAUAUCAGUACAAAAGCAGUUGGAGUAUGGGGUCGUGAAGAUAUUACUCUUAAUUAUAAAUAUCCUGAAACUUCAAACAAAGAACGAGAAGCUAUGCUGAAAGCAUUACGUCAAAGUGAAUCAAUAUUCAGCCGUUAUUAUUUAAAUGAACAGUUCAAUGACAUUAUUUUUGACUUCAAGCUUAUCGACGACGUUGUCGUUGGCCAACCUUUCAGUGUCGUACUUAUGAUGAAAAAUCGUAGCAAAGAAAAUAAAUACCGCGUUUCAGUGGUACUCAGGGUUGAUGUCGUUCUCUAUACGGGAAAAGUCGGAGGUUCAGUAAAGACUUUUGAGUCUGAUCAUGUAGUUAAGCCAGGAUCAUAUGAAGAAGUACGAUUAGAUGUUUCAUGGAAUGAAUAUGCUUCAAGAAUGUUAGAUCAAUCGGCUUUUAAUGUUGCAUGUCUAGCAAAUGUGAAAGACACUAAUUUUGAAUACUUUGCUCAGGACGAUUUUCGUGUUACAAAACCUAUUAUUGAUGUUGAUAGACAAACAGAAGCUAUUGUCGGUUAUAUCUUAGAUGCAACGGCAAGUUUCAUAAAUCCUCUACCGAUAACGCUGACAGGAGGUAAAUUUUUAAUCGACGGACCUGGUCUAGAUCAACAAUUAAAAAUUAAAGUACCUAAUGACGUUCCGCCUGGAGAAAAAGUCAGUUGCAAAUUUUCUAUGAUUCCUAAAUUUUCGGGACGGAGUACAAUUGUCGCUAAGUUUUACUCUAAGGAACUUGAUGACGUCGACGGGUUUGUCAAUUUUAUGGUUCUUGACGCCCCGACUUCUAACGGCAACGGUUACCGUUGAUUAAUUGUUAGUGUCAAUUAGUUGAUAGUAUGUAAAUACUAAAUAAAUCUAAAAUAGAAAAUUAUUUAUUUUUAAUUUUUAGAAGGUUUAAAAAUUCGCAAUUCGAAUCGAAUUUUAAACUUUAAAUAAUUAAAAAAAAUUAGCAGUAAUGCCGUCAACUGAAAUUAGCUAUAGAAUCAAUAAGCUCUUUUAUAAAGAGGUAAAAUGGUCACAUUUUUUUUUUAUUUAAAAAAAUUUUAUUAUUUGUUGCCUUUAAAAUAUAAAUUAAGAUCAAAAAUUUUUUUAGAGCGAGAAAAAAUUUUUUGAGGCGAGAUAAAAAUUCUUGCAUCAAAAAAUUAUUUCCAGUCCUAAGAAAAUUUUUGUCUUCAAUUCAUACACAGAAAAAAAAAUUCUCGACUGAAGGUAAAUAUUCUUGAUUCAAGAAAUUUUUUUUGAAAACUUCAAUUUUCUCGGAUAAAGUAGAAAUCUCCUCUGGUCAAGACAAAUUCUCUUGGCUCAAGAAAAUCUUGACUUGGUUUCCGAAAACGGUUGCGUAACAAUUCACCCGACGACAAAACACCCGCAAAGUAAAGUACCCGCGACAAAAUGCAAGCCAAAAAUAUCUAUAAAUAAUAUACUAUUACAUAAAAAGGUGUGAAAAGUAGCGUCUUUUUUUCUCGAAUUUUGUGUGUGCAAUUACAAAGAUACCCACACACAAAAAAGUAUGAAAAAUAACGCCCUUUUUUCAUGAAUUUUGUGUGUGUGCAAUUAAAAGAAUAUACCAACACAUAAAUAAAUGUCAAAAAUUGCACUAGGUCCCUGAACCCUAUGGGGACUUCGCCCCUAGACCUCCUUAUUGAGAUACUUUUUUUUCACGAAAAAACAAAAACAAAGAGAUUUUUUUCUCCUUUCUUUUUUUUUUUUUUUUAAUUGAUUUUCGGGAUGAAUUGUCCUGGUCCCAAAAAGCGUCAUACCGUGUGGCGGGUGCUUUAGAUUGCGGGUGUUUUGGUUUGCGGGUAUUUUGUCGUGGGUAUUUUAUCGUGGAUAUUUUGUUGCGAGUGAUUUGUCUUCGGGUAUUUAGACGUGUCGACCCCGAAAACUUGUCUUUCAAAAUAUUUUCUUGACUCAACUUUUUUUUCCGUAUAGUGCAAAAUAUUUCUUGCGCCAAGAAUUCUUUUUUUCUGUGUAUUUAUUUACUCAAUUGUAUUUCACUAAAUGAAAUUUUUAAUCAUGGAAUUAAAAUUUACGAUCUUAAUCCAAUGAGUCCAUUGUUCUGAUUAAUUAAUUACUCAUUCUUAUAAAUUUAACCGAUUGCACUCUUAAGCAAAAUUGGAAAAAAAAUGCCCUUAGGUUACGCGGGAAUUAUAAGGGCGUAAAAAAAUUAACAUGUAAUUUAAAUCAAUAAGAAAAUAUUUUCGUUUCGCAUCAGGACAGACAUCGAUCAGUAAAGAAAAAAAAAAAUUAUACGCCCUUAUAGCAUCUGUACCUCGAUGCCUGCAUAUGUACUUAAAAAAAUUAAUUUUAAUUUUAAAAAUUACAUACUAUUAUUUUUAAAAGUUA